GAGUGUGAGCGCGGGCGAGUGUGAGCGCGAGUGUGCGCACGCCGCGGGAGCCACUCUGCCCUCUCCUCACACCCUGCACAGGGCAUCUCGAGAGCCUGGAAACGUGAACAGGCUUAAAGUAUGGCAUGUUGCGAAGAUGGUUUCUGUCCAGAAGGUACCCGCGAUUGCGCUGUGCUCCGGGGUCAGCCUCGCCCUCCUGCGUGUCCUGUGCCUGGCGGCCUGUUUAAACGAAUUCCCAGGACAGAACUCAAAGGACGAGAAAUUGUGCCCGGAAAAUUUUACCCGCAUCCUGGACAGUUUGCUGGAUGGUUAUGACAACAGGCUGCGUCCUGGAUUUGGGGGUCCUGUUACAGAAGUGAAAACUGACAUAUAUGUCACCAGCUUUGGACCUGUUUCUGAUGUUGAAAUGGAAUACACAAUGGAUGUGUUCUUCAGACAGACAUGGAUUGACAAAAGACUAAAAUAUGAUGGCCCCAUUGAAAUUUUGAGGUUGAACAAUAUGAUGGUCACCAAAGUUUGGACCCCUGAUACUUUCUUCAGGAAUGGAAAGAAAUCUGUCUCACAUAAUAUGACAGCUCCAAAUAAACUUUUUAGAAUUAUGAGAAAUGGCACUAUUUUAUACACAAUGAGACUCACCAUAAGUGCGGAGUGUCCCAUGAGACUGGUGGAUUUUCCUAUGGAUGGCCAUGCCUGCCCUUUGAAAUUUGGGAGUUAUGCGUAUCCCAAGAGUGAGAUGAUCUAUACCUGGACUAAAGGCCCCGAAAAGUCAGUGGAGGUGCCAAAGGAGUCUUCUAGCUUAGUUCAAUACGACCUAAUUGGGCAGACUGUAUCAAGUGAGACUAUCAAAUCUAUUACAGGUGAAUAUAUUGUGAUGACGGUUUACUUCCACCUCAGACGGAAGAUGGGCUAUUUUAUGAUUCAGACGUAUAUCCCAUGCAUUAUGACAGUGAUCCUUUCUCAAGUUUCCUUCUGGAUAAAUAAAGAGUCUGUUCCAGCUAGAACUGUAUUUGGAAUAACCACAGUCCUCACCAUGACGACCCUAAGCAUCAGUGCUCGGCAUUCCUUGCCCAAAGUGUCCUAUGCCACUGCCAUGGAUUGGUUCAUAGCUGUCUGCUUUGCUUUUGUAUUUUCUGCUCUUAUUGAGUUUGCUGCUGUCAACUAUUUCACCAACAUCCAAAUGCAAAAAGCCAAGAAGAAGACUUCAAAGCCUCCUCCAGACAUCCCGGCUGCUCCUGUGCAGAGAGAGAAACAUGCUGAAGCAUCUGUCCAGAAUACACAAGCCAAUUUGAACAUGAGGAAAAGAACAAAUGCCUUGGUCCACUCAGAAUCGGAUAUCAACAGCAGAACUGAGGUGGAAAACCAUCCCAGCAAGACGACAGCUGUCCAAGAGUCUUCUGAAACCCCACCUAAGGCCUACUUAGCUUCCAGUCCAAACCCAUUCAGCAGAGCCAGUGCAGCUGAGACAAUAUCGGCAGCAGCGAGAGGCCUUUCAUCCGCAGCAUCUCCCACUCCUCGCGGCACAUCUCGGCCAGCUUCUGUGGGCUCGGCUUCUACUCGCCCUGCAUUUGGAUCUAGACUUGGGCGAAUUAAGACAACAGUUAAUACCACAGGGACAGCUGGGAACGUUGCAGCCACACCUCCUCCCUCUGCUCCACCACCUUCCGGAUCUGGCACAAGUAAAAUAGACCAGUAUGCUCGAAUUCUCUUUCCAGUCACAUUUGGGGCAUUUAACAUGGUCUACUGGGUUGUUUAUUUAUCCAAGGACACCAUGGAGAAAUCAGAAAGUCUAAUGUAAUUUUGUUGCUAUAGUAAUUUCAUAAAAGAUGACGGAAAUACAGACUCUGUUUUUAAAUGUUUUUAAAGAUAAGUAUUCUUUGCUAAAAUAAAAUGUAAUUUUUUCAAUUUAAAAAAUACAAGUCAGAUAUUAAGAGAGUUAAUUAAUUCUUUGGUGGUUAGAAAGUGAACCAUCCUCAGAGAAAGACGAUUUUAAAAGAAUCUAUUCAGUGUUCAAAUUGGAUGGCAUACAGACCAUUAUGGAAAGUUGGAACAAGAGAAAUAGGGCUAGAAGAGAUACAUGAUGCAUAUUUUUGCAUUGAAAUUUGAAAAAAAAAAAAGUACUGUGAUAUUUUUAAAUACACCCUAUGAAAUCAUCUAGUCACCGAAAAUUUCCCAUUGGCACUGCCCUUAACUAGAAUUGUGUACUGGAAGUUCUAAGCAGCGACCUUUGCAGUUCCUCUUAGUACCUGCAAGAAAAGACUUUCUUUGUUAAACAAACACCUGGAAGAGGAAAAUGGAACAAAACAAACACUGAUCAAUACAGUGAAGCCUCUGCAGCAUCAAUAACAGACACAGAACAGGGCAAGUGUGUUUUCUGGCACAUAAGUGGUCAAACAAUACUUAACAGUUGACUUGAAAUGUUGUGCUCUGAGCCAAAGUUAAAUUUAUUGUAUAAAUUCUUUUUCCUAGUUGCUUACUCAGUUUUGUACUGUAAACACCACAUAGUUCCUCAAGAGCCUGGAGCCUACUGCAUUCUAGGCGCUGAUUAGGGAGUCUUAGAGGAAAGCUCUUUCACCUUUACAAAGUUACUUCAGUAGUAGGACUGUCAGUGCAUGUUAAAGAACCCUAAUUUAGCUGAAGACAUAAUGUUCUUUUAAUGAAGGCAAUUUAGUUAGUCGGUCAACAUAGCCAAUAUAUUUGUUUUUCCUGUGCUGACAGAAGAAAACAAAUACAUUUGUUCCUAUAGCUACUUGAAGAUAAGUACAUGUUAGUAGAAAUUGAUGAUUGGUUUUCAAACUAUAAUGAAAUACUGAUUCAGGUUGUUCUACAGGUGAAAAAAACAUACAAAUCUGGGCACCGACCGAGAAACCUGACAGAUUAUCUGUGUCAACUUUGAUGCAGGUCUCAAUACAUACUUUGCCCAGUGUACAAGAAUCAUUCAAAUAAAAGUCCACAGAUCUUUUGUACUCAUAUCCCAGUAAAGAGCAAUAUUAGCUGCUGAAAUGCUAACACUCUUGCAAGCUUUUGUGCUCAUAACAUCUGUAUGUCUGGCAUCUUUGUUUUUCUGAGAAGUUGAUAAGAUUUGAUAACCGGGGUACUUUAAAAAUUAAAGAAGCAGCUAGAGAAAGAAGAGAAUAAAAAUAUCAUAGCCUUCGGUGGAAUGUCAGCGAGUGUUACGCAAUGUAUCUGGUUCUCAAGUACUGACUUUUCCUUUUCAUUAUGUAGGCUUAACAGCCUAAUUGAAUCCUUUGCAGCUUUUAAAAUAGCUCAACCCUGGUUGAGCUUUUUGUUGUUUCACUUCCAGAUUUUUUUCUGUAUUUCUAUCUGUUCUUGGUAUGUGUAAAUGAAAGUUUUAUGGGGUUUUUUUUUUUUGAUGUGGGGGGGGAGGAGGCAUUUGAUAUAAAUGUCCAUCUUAUAUCAGAAUCUCUUAUUUUCUGGGGAAACUUCUAUUGAUUAAUAUGAACAUGAACUUUUGAGUUACUACAUUGCUUUGUAAUGGUUGCCCAUGAAACUUAUAAAAUUUGAAAAUGUCAAAUUUUAAUAGAACUUCAUCUGAGAACUCCUUUUUUAUUUUCUAAAUAUUUCAUAGAAUUAAAACCACUUUAACAUUAAAAGAUGCUGGAGAAAUCCUCACUUAUAAAUUGACUCUAGCAAAAUGAGGCCCAAGACAAUCUGUAAAUAUGCUUAUUCAUUUAAUAAAAGUACUUGUACAU